GUUUGGUUGCAGCGCGGAGAAGUGUGGCAUUCCUUUCCUUCUGAGUUUCUGUUUUCUCUUUGCUGUAUUUUUUCUUGUUUCCUGUGUGGGUUUUCGUUUUUUGACCCUCCCCCUCUAUCUCUUGCUUUUACCUUUUGUAUGAAACAGUGUGACUCAGUGUUCCUCUUCCUUCACCAAACCUGGUGUGACGCAUUUUUUGGGUAGGGUGAUCGUCAUUAGGUGUCACUAUCUGUUUAAGUUACAGACGGAACGCUUCAAUCUGUGAUUGCCAUACUGUGGUUUACAAGCUAUUUAUUUAAUCGACAAAAUAUGUGAGAGUUAUGCUUGAUACUUAAGCGAAAUGGAUGCUUCUUAAAGAUAUGGAAUAUUAAUGUUGGGCAACAAUUUGGUCCUGAAAUUUUUCUAAAUCUUAUUUAUUGUAAAUAAGCAUUUAUCUUUUUUUGAAAAUUUGUCAAAUUACGAAUUCUGGAUCCUUAAACUUUUUUUUCCCUGAAAAGUUAUUUUGUUUGUAGUUCUUCGCAUAUUGCUGAAAUUUCGGAGAUAUGGCCUUUGUGAAUAAACGUCGAUAAAAAAAAAAGAAAAAAAGAGUGCAAAAAAAGGGGAAACUGAAUAAAUAGAGUCCGAGCGCUGUGUUGUGAUGGAAGAGAUAAAUUCAAACUAAAGUGUCGCUUUAUUUCCUUGUUGUUGGCAUAUUCGUGAUUCAUACCCCUCUCACCAAUGACUCCCGAAGUCGCGUGCUGGAUUGCUGAGUUAACGGUCAGAGCACCAUCUGCAUCUCAUACGAUAUUCGCUGGCCGGUAAAGUUUCGUUUUCUCAUGAUUUGUGGCAUGCCAACCAGGUUCGACUCGCCGUCCAAUCGGGCCAAUUUCAACGGCUGCACAAUGCCUCCCGCAUGGGGCUAUCAGCAUCAGCCCCAUUUCUUGAAGUGGAGGACAUGGGCUCAGCCCGCGAGGCCGGCUCAUUCAUUGAAGGUGGACCCAGAAUUAAUAUUUACGAAGCAGGAAAGGAUAGGAAAGGGUUCCUUCGGAGAAGUUUUUAAAGGGAUUGAUAACAGAACACAACAAGUUGUUGCCAUCAAAAUAAUCGAUCUUGAAGUUGCUGAAGAUGAGAUUGAAGACAUUCAGCAAGAAAUUAUGGUGUUGUCACAAUGUGACAGUCCAUAUGUGACAAAAUACUAUGGUUCCUAUCUAAAGGGUACAAAGUUAUGGAUUAUUAUGGAAUAUUUAGGGGGUGGCUCUGUGCUGGAUAUGAUGAAAGUAGUAUUUUUUGAAGAAACACAUAUUGCAAUAAUCUUGAGAGAAGUAUUAAAAGGCUUAGACUAUUUGCAUUCAGAACGAAAGCUUCAUCGUGAUAUUAAAGCUGCUAAUGUUCUACUGUCUGAAAUGGGUGAUGUAAAAUUAGCAGAUUUUGGUGUUGCUGGUCAGUUAACUACUACUACUAGCAAACGAAAUACUUUUGUUGGUACACCUUUCUGGAUGGCACCUGAAGUUAUUAAACAAUCAGCGUAUGAUUCUAAGGCUGAUAUAUGGAGUCUUGGAAUUACUGCUAUUGAACUAGCAAAAGGAGAACCUCCCAAUUCUGAUUUGCAUCCUAUGAGAGUAUUGUUUCUAAUUCCAAAAAAUAACCCUCCUCAGCUGACAGGAAAUUACAGUAAACCAUUCAAAGAGUUUGUGGAGGCUUGCUUAAAUAAGGACCCAGAAAAUCGCCCUACAGCCAAAGAGCUUCUCAAGUUUCCUUUUAUUCGUAAAGCUAAAAAGAAUUCUUAUUUAAUUGACCUCAUUGAAAAGUACAAACGGUUUAAAGCCGCUGGAGGUGGCCAAAGCGACAGUGAUUCAGAAGCUUCAGAUUCUGAUGAAUCUAAAGCGAAUGAUACUUGGAAAAGCUGGCGUUGGGACUUGGGAACGGUCAAAGGACCCGGUGCAUGCGACAUCCCAUUGUCUCCUGCUUUGGAUGGAGAAAAUAAUGUGAUGCCCAUGAAAGUAUCAAAAAUUCCUGCUCCUUCAAAGCACCAGCAGAAUGGAGAUUCAACUUCACCGACACCCCAUUCACCAAAUUCCCAUCCAGAAGAAGUGACUUUCUUUAGACAAGAGAACAGGCAGCAGAUUUCUACAAGGCCCACAAGCAUGGCACCACCACCGCCUUCACAGCCCAAAAUAAUUUCUCCUGUAAGAAAUGCAGAAGGUCCAAAGAAAAAGAAACAAGACUUUAAUCGUCCUAAAGAUAGUGAACCUGAGCGGAUGAAUGAUGCUGUUGCCAGGAGGAGUUCCUGGGAUGAAAGGAGAGAAGUUAGAGAAAAAAAGAAAGAAGGGCAUAAAAUUCCUGAUUCUCCUGUUAAGCAGUCAUUAGGCAAAGGCUCUAUUUCAUCUCCAGUCUUACACUCAUUAAUGUCUGAGCUUAAAAAGAAGCACAAGAACGAUAUGAAAAGUCUUGAUAGUCCGACAAAAACUGAUGCCAUUGAGGAACUGCAUAAUGCUUUUGAAUUAGCUGAACGGUCCUAUGCAGGGAUUAGUGAUUUGUUUGUCAAAGAACUGUUUCAUCGUCUAUUACCUUCAUAUGGUAGUCACAUGUUGCAAGAUAUAAUGGAAAAACUAUCCAGGGAUGGAUCAUAAGGGCAUAAACAAGAUGUAGAGGAAUCUGUGGCCCCUGUGAAUUUUGUUUUGUCAACUGUUCUAUAUUUGGAACCUUCAUAGAUCUAUCUAUAUACAUAAAUGCAUAUAUAUUUAUCCACCUUGUGUGCCUAAAAUGGUAUGGUCCCCCUUAACUCCUUACAUUCCAUCUGUUUGUGUACUUGGCUCGCAACCAACUACAAAUUCCAGCUUUCAUUUUGAAAUAAAAGAGCAGUUUCUCUGCAUUUGUGAAACCAUGAUCUACAAUCCUGAAGUUUCUAUCUGUGAACACAGGGUAUUUUUAGAUGGUCACUUUUUAACUGAUGCAUUAAAGAGUGCUACAGGUGUUCUCUCUUGUGUAUUUGUGCUUGGACACUCAUGUGGUUUCUCUCCUGCCCCUUACCUUUGAAAAGAAACAAUCUCUUUGUUGUUUGUUGUUAAAAAUAUUUUAUUAAUAUUAUAAUUGAAUCAUUCCAAAUGGUAGGUAACAAAGCACUGCUAUAAAAAUAUAAAGAGAAAGAUCUUUACACCAUAUCAUUAUUUGUACUCUGUGAUACUGCAUUCUCAGUGUUUUGGCCAUUUUGAAAUAGCAGUUUUACAGUAGCAAAGGGAUAAGUAAAUUUUGAAAACUGCUGUCAGAUAUCUGAUUAGAAAUGACAAAAAGUUACUGAAUAAUCUUUUUUUCUUCUUUUUUUUUUCUCUUUUGCUCCUGGUAUACUGUUGAACUUUUUAUGGUUUCAAUUAGAGCAAUGUUUUCUAGAUUGUAGUUUUUGUUCUACUGGUGUAAAUGAUUGUUCUUUUUUCGUUUUCUUUCUGCAGAAAAGUGCUAUUGAGAAAAUAGUCUAGUAAUAGAACAAUAUAACCAUAAAAUAGAAACAGAUGUAAAUUUUGAAAAAUAUUGGUGUCAGAGCUCUAGUUUUUGACGUAUUUUGUCAUGUUGCCUUUCAAAAAGCAGCUCAUUACAGACUUACAGAACUGUUAAUCGUCCAUAUGUGCUGUAAAAAAAGUUUGUGACUGUUGAUUUGUGUGAAGAAAAUUAAUUGGAAAUGAAGAAAGCACAUAUUUAAAUAGCUUUAUUCCUUAUUGUACUUUUAAAUACAAACUGUAUUUUAGAAAUCUGAAGAACUCAAGAAAUAAGUUUAAUUCUUUAAACUUUACCACAUUUUAUUUGUUUUGUAUUUCAGAAUAAUAUUUGUAUUCACAAUUUUGUAGCUUCAGAUUUCCAUAAUGUUUGCAUUUUGUUUUACAUCAGUAUUACUUUUUUUUUUUUUUUUUUGCUUGUUUUGUACAUUUUAGUUAAAUUUAAAAAAAAAUUUUCUUGUUAAAUGUAUCAAUUCCAUCUUCCAAAUAGCUGUGUUCCUGAUAUUUUUUUAAAAUUCAGAAUAGUCUGAAUUUUUAUGUUCCAUUUGAAAAAGAAGCCAAUAAACUAUUUACACUGCUGUUUCAAAUAAAAAGAAGAAAAGAAAGAAAAAUCUUAAUGUGAGUUGCAUUAAGAAUGCAACGAGAUAUGUCAUUCUUUGAACUUUCAAACUCAUUGAAAUAUGAACUUCAAUAACUUUUUUAGUUUAUUUUCAACAUCUUAAAACAGGUGCUGUAUACAAUUGUAUCUAGCAAAGUCACCAGAGAUUAAUAUUUUCAUACCUGCUAUUAAGUGUUGAUGAAAAUUAAUUGUAUAAUGCAAAUUUUAUCCCAGUGUAGUUGUACCAUUUAAGGGUACUAAAGCUCAAAAUACUUAUCGUCAUUCUUGUGUUAUAUUUUUUAUCUGAAGUUAAAAAAAAAAAAUGUCCCAAUAUGUGCAAUGCUGUAAAAUCUGUUUUGAUCACUGUUAUGUUAUAUAUAUAUUAGGUGUUUUAUUUGUAGCAGUUAUGUCAUAUAUAAAAUCAAUUAAUUCAAUUGCCACAGUAAACCUGUCAUUCUUCCAUAUCAUGUUGCCAUAUUUCUGUGUAGGUUAUAUUAUAGUUAUCAAAGAUUUGUUGAAAAAAUUAUUUACACUUGUAAAAUGUAUUAAUCUUAGCAUUAUUGCAAUAUGAUAUAUUUAGUUAUCUUAAUUCCUUUAAUUUUUAAGAAAUUGAUAAUGGUUUAAAAACUCACAUGCAAGGUAUCCUCUGAAUUCAUUUUAUUGAUUCUUAAAAGUGGUUGAAAAUAAUAUUUUGCUACAGUUUCCUCUGCUCUAACUUAAGAGAUGUUUGGUUUUGGUGCUUGAUAAAGGGAAUUUCCUGGUGUUGUAAUCUCUGUUAAACAAAACCAGUGAUCAUUAAAUAUUAAUGAAUGUUCAAUAAUUUAUCAUGAUAAAAAUUUCUUUCUAUGAAUAAAAAUCAGAUGUAUUGUGAUAUUAAGAUUUUAUCUGAAGAGGGGGAUCCAUAAUUUAUUUUAUUUAUUCGAGAUGAUUUUCAAAUCUUUAAACUUUGUCUCCUUCCUUCAGAAUGUAGUUAUUGCAAAAUGUUGAACAUCGAGUAGAUGUAUUUAGUAUCAUUUCAGGCAUCUUGUAUUUAUGAAAUGCAUAUAUCAUUUAAUAAUCAUUAAAUGCUAAAAAGUUCAAUAUGUCUAGUAAAAAUUUUUAUUAUCAAAAAGUUAUAAUUAAUGUUUUGUUCUUUAGUAAUAUCUGCAUAGUAAAUCAUUGUCCCUAUUUAAAAAUCAGUUUUAUAGAUGGUUCUACAAAGUAGUAGUCAUGGACAACUUGCUGAUGAUAAAUUUAUUUUUAGUGAAUCAAAUGAAUAGGAGGUACCCUGUAUUUAUAUAUUUUAAAAUACCAUUUAGAAUUGACACUUCAUUUUUAUUUAGUAAAAUAAAUGCAUAUUUGCAUUUUACUUUAUUUAAUUUUUUUACAUUUGAAAGAACAGCUAUUCCUGUAUGUGUGCUUAUACAUCAUGAAUUGGAUCUUGACGGUUUCCUUUGUAGUUAAUGUGGCUGUAAUUUAGCCUCACUACUUGCUCAAGUGUAAUAUAUAUCUCCUGUAUUAUGUAUAACACAAUUCUAUUGUAUGUUAAAAAAAAGGUUUUAACUCUGAAUAAUUUAAUUGAUUUUAAUAGAAAUUUAUAAAGAUGCAACUAUUUUUUAUUUGAAUGAUUAUAAUACCAACAGAAUUUUACACAACACUAUUGUACUAAAUAAUUAUUGAAAUAUCAUACAUUUUAAAAGUAAAUACGAUACCAUGAUGUAACUAUGUAACUUUUUCACAUUAAUUUGGCACUAUGGGAUUUUAAAAACCUUUCUUCAUUGAUAAUAGCAUCCCAUUUGCAUUUGGAUUUUUUUCUUCUUUUUUUCCUGGCAAAAUAUAAAAUGCAGCAUUUUGCAUCUUCUAAUUAAAUAAGAGAUGACAUUUUUCAUCUUAAUUUAUUUCAUUUUAAAUAUCAUGCUUACUUUUUUCAAUACUUGAGGUGUAUUGGAUGAAAAAUGUUAUGGGAGUCUUCAAAUGCAUUUCAUAUUGUUAGUCACACACUUGAUAAAUGAUUACUUCAUCUAAAUUGCUGUAGCUGAAAUACAAUGCUUUCUUAUUUGCAGUUUAGCCAGACAUUGCAUGUUUCAUUAUGUGUAAAUUGUUUUCUCUUUGAUAUUUUAGUCAUUGUUUCAUUUCUGCUCGAAUCAUAUAUGUGUACUUACUUUAGGUUUUUAUAGAGAUAAGCAGUACUUGGUAACUCCAAAACAGAAAGACCAGGGAUUGUUGACAGUAAUUAUUUUUUGGCUAUAUGAAGGAUGAAUGUAAAUAUUUAAAAUAUGAGAGUUGAAAUUAAAAUGUGUUUAUUUAGUGA